CAAAAUAAACGUCUUAUGAAAAGAUAGUAUUGUACCUAUUUUGUACAAUAUUUCUAUUUAUUUAAUCAUAUAAAUGUGUAAAUAAACAGUAAUUCACAUGUAUAUCAAAUAUGGAUUCGAAUUUACCAUUUUUUAGUCUUCCAUUUGCGGAUACGGAGACUACAGACUUUUUUGGGCGAAUAAAGCCGGAGGGUGCUUAUGAUGGACUCCAUGCGACUUUACCAUCUCACGGAUCUUUAUUGGGGCCUGAUGAUGUGUUGGCCCAGUUUUUGUCUGGUGACGAGCCUUUGGAGGAACCCGACCUGAAUGGGCCUACGACUCUACACUGCGAGAUUUGUAAGAAGCAGUUUGAUAACGCCAAGAAGUAUUACGGUCACCUCAGGGUUCAUUCCAAGGAUAAUCUGUGGGUUUGUGAAAAAUGUCCAGAUCAAAAGUUUUCAACAAAACAACAGUUGAUGAAGCAUGGGCUCACUCAUAAACCACUCGGUAGAGAUUGGAAGUGCCUGCACUGUAACAUGGCAUUUGAAGCACUUUGGAAACUGCAGCAGCAUCUAUUUGCUAAACAUCUGGAUUAUAAGCCACAUAAAUGUGAUCAAUGUGAGAAAGCAUUUGCCAAGCCAUCAGAUUUAAAAAAACACAAGGACAUGCACAAUGAUGUAAGCAAAUACUCAUGUCCGGAGUGUGAGCAACGGUUCAAGGACAAGUCUAACUUGAAGCGCCACAUGUUGCGACAUGGGAACUUUCAGCCUUACUGCUGCAGUGGAUGCGGGACCAAGUUCAAACAGGUGGCUUCCUUAAACCGACACACUCAGAACUGUGUGUUGUACAUGUCGACCGCCCAGCCUAUAGAUAAGGGCGCUCGCAAGAACUACUGCCGCGUCUGCGGCAUGAGCUUCCAGUACAAAAGCGCUUUGUUGGAACAUUGUGUUAGGCAACACACAAUCUCAACAUCGAAACCACCAGAACCGGAGAAAGAAGAUAAAACCUUAAAUGAUACAAAUCGAAUUGUAGACAAUAUCGUAGACGACAUUCUGUCCGCUGAAGACGAUUACAUGACAAUGUCUACACAGAACGAAAUACUAAACGUUUAUAACACAAACGAUAUAGACACUAACACAGAGAAUUUAAUGCAAAUAGAACUUUUAGAUGAAAUGAACCAAUUACACAUAUUGGAUGGAGAACUCUUCUACAAUGAUAUGGAUUUUGACAGCAUACAACCAAGCCAUAUGUUUAAUAACAAUAACGAGAUAGACUAUGGUACUGACAAGAACACAGAAAUUCUUUUCGACUACACUGAUACUAAUAAAACCAACGAUCAAGAUAUUAUGAACAAUUUAUUCCAUGUCAAAGCUGAAUAUUUACCUGAAGAAUUAUUAAAUCCACCUGAAGUUGUGAAACCCGUUGAAAAGGCAACCGAAUUUCCUACAAACCACGUUGCAGUUGAUGAAUGCGCUACGAUAUUUGAAAGCGAUGUCGAUUUAGAAGCUAGUACUAAUUUAGCAGCUAAUUUAAACCAAUUGAUUGGUGAAAAUAGUGUACAGUAUAUUUCUACUGAAGAUGAUGAUACAUUUAUAAUAAGUUUAAAUAGUGAAAUUGAUGCUGAACAACUUACUGAUAUGUUGAACAUAGGCGUUGAAUUAGUUGAUAAGAAAGAAAAUGUACCUGAAGGUAAUAAUAGUAAUAAUUUGGAAGUCUUUAUGAAGGUUGAGGCUAAAGAGCAUAAGGUAGAUGGUGAUUCUGCGGUCCAUACAGCAGUUUCAAAAGAAGAUGCUAUUGGUUCCACUGAAGAUGCUAGUAAGAAGCAACGGGUAUUGAAAGCUAGGAAAAGAGUGUUGUAUAUAUGUCGGACAUGUAAUAAAGUGUUCAAAAGGAAGAAUAACUACAAGUCUCAUAUAGCAACUCACGAGCCAUCUCUUCGGCAAUACAAGUGCAAGGUAUGCGGCGAGCAGUUCAGCUACCAGUCCACGCUGAACAAACAUACACGCGCUAAACACAUACCUACAAUUCUGCCAAACCACAGUUGUAGUAUUUGUGAUAAGAACUUUAAUCAUGCAUGGAUGUUAAGAGAUCAUUUCCUUCGCGACCACGACGGUGUGACACCGCAUGUUUGUGACUAUAAAGGUUGCAAGAAGAGCUUCUUCAAGAAAUGCGAUCUUGUCGUCCACAAGAGGACUCACACUGGGGAGCGUCCGUACUCCUGUAGUAUUUGCAACCGAAAGUUCCAGCAGCUUGGACAUCUUAAACGACACGAGAGAGGCGUCGACUGCACCAAGAACUUACAGAAACAGAAGCCCUGUUCGUUGCUGAUCAUACAGGAGGUUCCGGUUAAAACUAACAGCUGUGAUAUUAAGAAAAUAAAGUUAAAGAAAUAAAACAAUUGUAAUUACAAUAAAA